ACUAAAAAAAAUAAAUUUUGCCGACGGCAAAAUCUACGCACAGCCAAAAAAAACUUUCUUCCUCAAGAAAACCCCCAGCUAGCAAUGCAAGCCACCAAAAUGCGCACACCAUUUGCCAUACAAGAAAUUUUGGGUUUGGGAGUGGGUUCUGCCGCUGCAGCAGCAGCCGCCGGCUAUGCACAUCCGGUGCAUUUGCAUCAACAUCCCGCCGCUGCGGCCCUACCGCCCAGCGUGACCACACCGCCACCAUCCAGUCACAACUCCUCAUCAACGGCUAGCAGUAACACCGCACAACAACAACAACAUUUAACAGCAUCCCACCAGCAUCAUCAACAACAACAACGUUUAUCCACAUCUUCCCCACCGCCAGCCCACACACCCAACGAUUGUACAAAUGCCCCCAUUUCACCUGCCUCAUCUUCGGCCACCACAACAACAACACCCGGUCGUCAUCAACGCGAUUCGCGUUCCAUAUCACCGGAUGUAACACGGUUAUCGGCGGCAGCCGCUGCAGCGGCCGCUGCUGCCCAUGUCCAGCUGCCGGUAUUUAAUCCGGCAAAUUUCUAUGCUGCCGCGGGUUAUGCUGCCGAUCCGGCGGGACCGUUAAAUGUGGCCGCUCAUCAUCAUCACAUGACCACACUGGCAGCGGCUGCCUAUCUCAGGGGAUUCCUGCCGCCGGGUUUUAGUACCCCGCAUGAAUUUCGGGGUCACUUUCAGCAACAUUUCGGCAGCCAAUUUGCGGACCAAGCAACAAGAGUCAGUGCCGAAUAUGCCGGAGCACUUAGCAAUAAUAAUAACAACAACAAUGAUGAAAACUCACCCAGUAAAUCCAGUUCAACAUCAGCCAGCAGUAGCAGCCAAAAUAACUCAUCCUCUUCCGCCAAUAAUACACCAAAUUCCACAAAUAAUUCCUCCAAUCAGCCGUCGACCCCCACGCGUCCAACAUUGUCACCUGCUGAGCAUGCUGCAGCUGCAUUGGCCCAUCAUGCUGCUGCGGCGGCUGCAGCCCAUCACGCCCACUCACACUCCCAACAUCAUGGCCAUCCCAUGGCGGCGGCAGCAGCCCAUCAUGCGGCUGCAGCAGCCGCUGCUGCUCAUCAUCAUGCCCAUGCCCACAAUCCGGCUGCACAUCAUGAAGCUUUCCUCAAUGGUGCAGCCGGGGCGGCGGCAGCAGCAAAUGGCUUGCUAGGCCAUCAUCCUGCCACGGGGCCAGAUGGUGUUCUACUGGGUCCCGCUGGCAGUGGUAAAAAGAAAAAUAAACGUCGUCAUGGUCGUAAUUUUACGAGCAAUCAAUUGGAAGAGUUGGAAAAGGCAUUCAAAGAUGCCCAUUAUCCGGAUGUCAGUGCCAGGGAAUUGCUAUCGAUGAAAACGGGUUUGGCCGAAGAUCGUAUACAGGUCUGGUUUCAAAAUCGUCGUGCCAAAUGGCGUAAAACCGAAAAAUGUUGGGGUCAUAGUACAAAAAUGGCUGAAUAUGGUCUGUAUGGUGCAAUGGUGCGGCACUCACUGCCCCUCCCCGAGACAAUUAUCAAAUCUGCCAAAGAAGAUGAAUCGGUAGCACCAUGGCUCUUGGGAAUGCAUAAAAAAUCCCUUGAAGCCGCUGAAGUUUUAAAAUCCGAUGACAGCGAUCGUGAAACUCCCACAUCGGAUGAUACGAAUACCUCUUACUCGGCGGGCAGUACUCACAAUUCACCGAUUUCCUCCUUUUCUAUAUCUCGAUUAUUGUUCGAUAACAGUAAUGCCAAUCAUCAUCAUCACCAUCCACAUCAUGGCCAUCACCAUGGUAGCAAACACAAAGGGCAUUCGGGACAUGGUGGCGGUAAUGGCCUAUCAUCUUUAUCCCAUGACAUUAUGACAAAUGCCCAUCAUAGCUCGGCAAUGCAACAUCAUCCCUAUAAUCAACAACAACAUUUACAUCAUCUGCAGCAAUUACAUCAACAACAUCAGCAGCAUCAACAACAGCAGCAGCAGCAACAACACCAACAUCAGCUAAUGAUGGCCGAAGCUGCAGAAUUGCAACGUAGACGCCAGGAGGAAUAUCAAAGGGAACAACAACAUCAGCAACAACAACAGCAUCAACAACAACAGAAAUCCUAUGAUGAUGACGAUCUCAUUACCGAUCCAGAUGUUGAUCCCGAAGAUGAUGAUGAUGACUGUGAUAAAGAAGAAAUCGAUAUCUGUGAUGAUACCGAGGAGGAGCAAAUGAAGGAUUUGAAAAUGAUCAAACGGGAAGAGGUUGAAAAUAGAUGAAAUUUAUUUAUUGAUGUUCUACUGUAAAUUGACGAAGAAGAAUAGUUUCUUUUUUUUUGAUGUAGAAAUAUCUAAAAGAACAGAAAAGCGUUCCAAAAGUUUUAACUAAUUUUUAAAUCGGGGCUGGUUCCCAUUUAAAAAGACGUAAGUCAUUCUGGAAAGUCAUUUUACUGGUAUGGACGUGUUUCUAAUUCAAAAUGGAAGUCACGUCGAGAAAAACAUCUUUGAUCAAACUAUGAGUCAGCUGAUUGAUGUCAUUUAAGUCAACUCUUUAAAUUAGGCGUAUGACCCAAGGCAAAUAUCUCAUGUUUCUAGUUCGAAUUGGGAAAUUAAAAGCCGAUGGCGGCAAAAAGCACUCCAUUUGAUAAAAACAAAACUAGUAAAAAAGCUAUAAGUUCGGCCCAGCCGAACUUUGAAAACCCUCCACCAUUUGGAACGAAUAUGGCAAUCUUCAAAAAAAUAAAAUCCGUUAAAAAUUCUUUUAAAAUCUUAAAAAUACCGAAUGUAGCCGUUAUAUUAGGGUCUAUUCAACAACGUGGGCCUGCGUAGGCAACUUUUGUCAUAAGCCAUUACAAUACUGAAAUGUCAAACUUGAAAAAAAUCGGUAAAUAAUGUAGCUAAAGUCAUCAAAAUGCCGAAUAUAGGGAGGUACCAUCAUAUGGGGAUUAUACCAAAACGUGAACCUGCACAGACAAUUUUUUGUCAUAGGCUGUAGUAUCCAUUACGAAUUUCAAAUACCAAAUUUGAAACAAUUCCUGUGAAUAAUGUCGCUUAAAUCAUCAAAAUAUUCAAUAUCGGGUUGUAACGUUAUAUGGAGGCUAAACGAAGACGUGAACCCCCACAUACAGUUUUCUGCCUCAGGCUGCAAUAUCCAUUAAAACUUCAAAUACCAAAUUUGAAAUAAUUCCGGCAAAUAAUGUCGCUGAAAUCAUCAAAAUACCGAAUAUCGUGGGGUAACGUUAUAUGGAGGCUAUACGAAGACGUGGCCCAGCACAGACAAUUUUCUGUCAUAGGCUGCAAUAUCCAUUACGAACUUUAAAUACCAAAUUUGCAACAAUUCCGGUGAAAAAUGUCGCUUAAAUCAUCAAAAUACCGAAAAUAGAGAGGUACCAUUAUAUGGGGGCUAUACCAGAAUGUGAACCUACAUGGCCCAUUUUCAAUAGCAAAAAUCCUGCAAACAUAAUAUACAUUUGAGUAAAAUUUUAUCAACCUACUUCAUUUCAUUCGGAAGCUAGGGUGAUUUCCACAGAUGGAAAUCAAAUCAAAUGCAUAGUCGGAACAUUGCAUAAAUUCACAGUUAGCGAUUCUUUUAUGACAACGUAUGUCUACUGUUUUAUUAUUCUAUUUCUUUCAACGUCCAGUAAUUUGAUGGAGACAUAAUGAAAUUCCGUUUUUAUAAAAUGCAUAGUAGGAACAUUGUAUAACUUUAUUGCAAACGACUCUAUUAUGACAACGUAAGCCUAGUGUCAAAUGUCAAAAUUAAGGAUUCAAUUCAUUUGCAAGCACAUUGUUCCCAAAGUAUAUUAUUCAGCAUUAACUGCAUGGUAAAAGAAUACAGGUAGACGCAUCGACACAGGUGAGGGGACAAUGAACUGUCAAACCAUUUUUAGAAUUGAAAAUUUGGAAUGAAAAAUUAUUCAAAUUUGUAAAAGUGGUUGAAAAACGCCUGUUAUAAUAACCUCUGAUUGACGUCGUAUAAGGAAACUUAUAAAAAUCUACUUAUAUUUGAAAAACAUUUUAAAAAUUUUGACAUAUCAAUGUUACCAAGCAUUAAUGCUGUUUUCCUUUACCAUGAACGUACGCCUACUCACAAUUUUGUAUUAGUAUUCUAUUUCUUUCAACUUCCAGUAAUUUGUUGUUAUGAAGUGCAUAGGAACAUUGUAUAACUUUACUGCAAACGACUCUGUUAUGACAACGUGAGCCUAGUGUCUAAUGUCAAAAAUAAGAAUUCGAUUAAUAAUAAUAGUUGCAAACGAUUGAUCUUAUCAUAAACUGGGCAAAUUUACACAACUAAGCUGCACAAAAAACAAAACUAAUUUUUAACCCAAAACAAAAAAUUAUAAAACACAACGAAACUCUUUUUUUCAACACAGAUAGAAAAUGAGCAAAUAUAUAUUAAUUUCUUGAAAAUUUUCACAAAACAUGUAAAUAACGUUCAGUGUAAAAAAAUAUUAGCAUAAAAUUAUAAAACAAAAUGCACAAAAACCGAGAGAAAAUAAAACAAAACAAUAUUGUAUAAUUAUUAUAUGUAUAUGUAUGAAUAAAUAAACAUUUUUAAUCAGCUCAUUGUGAUUUUAGUUUGUUAAUUAAUUAAUUAUUUUUUUACAUUAUUGCAUUUAACAGCAAUCAAAUGAUUUUUAAAAAAACCACACACAUACACACUCACCAGUACAUGGCAUUUAUUACCUUUUACUUUACCACUUGGUUUUGAGAUAAAUACCAAUUAAUAUUGUAUUAUAAUUGCAAAUCAAAUGAUACAAAAAAAAAACUUGAACCAAACUGUCAACACAACAUCAUAAAGCAUUUUUAUUGCAAGAACAAAAAAAUCAAUACUUGAAUUUUACUAAAGCCAAUAAAGCACAAUAUUUUAUAAUUAAAUAAGCAAAUCAUCAAGAGACAGACAAAUUAAAAACUAAUUAUAAUGUUGUAUAAAACCCUUUCUUUUUUGUCUUAGCUUUAAAAUAUCCUAGGAAUCUCUUUUAGCUCAUAAUUGUUUAAAAAAUAUAUAAAUACUAAAUUGAAUGUGUAAUAUAUAUUAUAUAGUAUAUUUAAAAUAUUAAUUAAUAUAACAUCUAGAUUUUAUUAUAAAUAUGAUAUUAGAACAUGAAAACAGAUAACGAAUGAAAAAAAAACAAAUCUCGCUAUGAUC